ACCGUGCGUGCUGACGUCUCAGCGGAAACCUGUCCACCGGGCGGAAGCCGUGGGUCGUGGCCGUCCAUGGCGGAGGGCGGCUCGGAGCCUGGGGAUCACGGCCCCGGCCCCGGUGCCGGUGCCGGUGCCGGGCUGGCCCUGGUCGAAGGCAGCGUUGGCCGCGCCGGCCGCGUCGGGGACCCCGGUGACCUAGUGGCCCUAGCCCAGCAGGUGCAGCAGGCCAAUGACUUUGUCCGAGCAAAUGCCUGCAGCAAACUGACAGUCAUCGCUGAGCAGAUCCGGCACCUGCAGGAGCAGGCACGGAAGGUCUUAGAUGAAGCUAACAGGGAUGCUGAUCUGAACCACGUGGCCUGCAACCUUGUGAAGAAGCCAGGAAACGUUUACUACAUGUACAGGCGGGAGAGUGGGCAGCGGUAUUUUUCCAUCCUGUCUCCUAAGGAAUGGGGUACCACUCCCCAUGAAUUUCUUGGUGCCUAUAAGCUCCAGCAUGACAUGUCCUGGACUCCAUUUGAGGACAUAGAGAGACGAGAUGCUGAAAUAACUGUCCUGGAGAAGCUGCUGAACCAGCAGGCAGCACUGCCCCUGUGCAUGGAACCCAACUUCCAGGGCCUGACCAAGUCACACAAGUGACCCCACAGGACCCCCUGAGCAGAGUCCCUGAGUGAGGGGACACAGUGCCUGUAUGCUGCCAAAGGCGAGGUGGAAAGAGACCAAGAAACAAAAAUGCUGAUUGUUUUUGUGCUUGAAGGAGACUAAUUCUGCAUUCAGUCUUACUGGAUUUUGUAGUAAUUGAAUAAUUUACUUUACUGACCUAUGCCAAGCUAUACCAGGAGGUGUCAGUUCCAAGAGUGCUUGGAGCAAAAAGCAGAAAUGCUUGGGGUAGAUGUGCUAAUGCUGUAAAAUAAUAUCUCCUAUCUGCCUGGC